AUGAAGGGCCUCCUCAGCCUAACAUUGUUCCCGCUGCUGGCAGCUGCCUCUCCCACCUGGUCCGAAUCCAUCCACAACGGUGCUGCUCCUGUCUUGUCUUCCACGAGUGCCAAGGAGAUCCCAGAUUCCUACAUCGUUGUGUUCAAGAAGCAUGUCGGAGCCUCGGCUGCGUCCGCUCACCACAGCUGGGUGCAGGACAUCCACUCGGACACCAUGCGGAUGGAGUUGAAGAAACGCUCCCUCUUUGGCUCCGACAGUGACCCUUAUCUCGGCGUGAAGCACACUUUCCACGUCGCGGGCUCGUUGAUGGGUUAUGCUGGUCACUUCCACGAAGAUGUGAUCGAGCAGGUUCGCCGGCACCCAGAUGUCGAGUAUAUCGAGAAGGAUUCCGAGGUCCACCACUUCGAGGACCCGGCCAUCGAGAAGAACGCUCCUUGGGGUCUGGCUCGUAUCUCUCACCGCGAUUCUCUCUCUUUCGGUACCUACAACAAGUACCUUUAUGCCGAGGAUGGUGGUGAGGGUGUUGAUGCCUACGUCAUUGACACCGGCACCAAUAUCAACCACGUUGACUUUGAAGGGCGUGCCUCGUGGGGCAAGACGAUCCCCCAAGGUGAUGCGGAUGAGGACGGCAAUGGCCACGGCACACACUGCUCCGGCACCAUUGCCGGUAAGAAGUACGGUGUGGCCAAGAAGGCCAAUGUGUACGCUGUCAAGGUCCUCCGCUCCAACGGCUCUGGCACCAUGUCAGAUGUUGUCAAGGGUGUUGAGUGGGCUGCUGAGGCUCACAUCAAGAAGGCCAAGGCUGCCAAGGACGGCAAGGCCAAGGGCUUCAAGGGCAGUGUUGCCAACAUGUCCCUCGGUGGUGGUAGCUCCCGCACUCUUGACCUUGCUGUGAACGCUGCCGUUGAUGCCGGUAUGCACUUCGCUGUUGCUGCUGGUAACGACAACGCCGAUGCUUGCAACUACUCCCCAGCGGCUGCCGAGAAGGCCGUCACUGUGGGCGCCUCCACCCUGGGCGACGAGCGUGCUUACUUCUCCAACUAUGGCAAGUGCACUGACAUCUUUGCCCCCGGUCUGAACAUUCUGUCCACCUGGAUUGGCAGCAAGUACGCCGUCAACACCAUCUCUGGCACCUCCAUGGCCUCCCCCACAUCGCUGCCUGCGUCUGAUUCCGCUUUUGCCGUCGAGGAGAUCACUCCCAAGAAGCUGAAGGAUGCGCUGAUCACUGUCGCCACCUCUGGUGCCCUCUCUGACAUCCCCUCCGACACCCCCAACCUCCUCGCCUGGAACGGUGGCGGCUCCUCCAACUACACCGAGAUCCUCUCCAAGGGCGGCUACAAGGCUGGUGCUUCUGACUCAAUGAAGCAGCACCUCGACGAGCUUGUUGGCAAGGUCGAGGAGGUCAUUGCCAAGGAGCAGAAGGUCCUGAGCCACGAGCUCGGCGCCAUCUACAGCGAGAUCAAGGAUGCUAUUAGCGCUUAG